UCUGGGAAUUCCGUAUGUCCCAGACGUUCCCGCGCUGCUCCUCAGAUCCUGGGGUUGGAUUGUGCGUCCCUGAGGCUAUGCUGCCAGAGUGUGCUAUAGGUUUACAAGAGCAACAAAAGAUGAAUAAAUCUGUGGAGUUGGUGUCAUUUGAGGAUGUGGCUGUGGACUUCACCUGGGAGGAGUGGCAGGACCUGAAUGAUGCUCAGAGGACUUUGUAUAGGGAUGUGAUGCUGGAGACCUACAGCAACCUGGUGUCACUGAAUAUCCAGAUAGAUGACCUAGUGGAGAGGAACCAAGAAAGUCAUGGUAGAUGCUUGCCGCAAAUUGUAAUCACCAACAGCAACACAUCAUCUGAGGAGAGAGUUGUGUUUGGAAAAUCAUUUUAUUUGAAUUCAUAUCAUGUUUUGAGUUGGGUUAUAAAUAAUGGAAAUCAUUCAGGAAAGGGACAUGAGGAGUUUUACGUAUGUCACAAUGCACUUCUUCCUAGAGAGCCUGAUGAGAUGCCUGCUGGAGAGAAACCUGAUGACCAUCAUACUACUGAGAAAUUGCCCAGACAUCAUGAGCAUCUUAGUCAGCAUCCUAAUAUUCAAACUGCACAACAGCCUUUAGAAUAUUGUGCAAAAGGGAAAUCUUCCAACACAGAUCCAAUGAUAUUUACACUUAAGAAGAUUAAUAUGGAGGAGACCACCUAUAAAUAUAAUGAAUAUGGGAAAACCUGUGGUAAGUCAGCUGUCUUUGCCCAAGAAAUAAAUCAGGUAGAAAGGAAAACUUUUCAAUCUGGUAUAUGUGGGGAGGUGUUGUAUAAAAAAUCUGAACUGACUAAAGAUCAGAUUAUGCACACAGGAGAGAUCCACAUUUUAUAUCAGAGAACUCACAAAGGUGAGAAACCACAUGAAUGUAAAGAAUGUGGAAAAACUUUUAGAAAAAAGUUACACCUCAGAAGGCAUGAGAGAACUCACACAGGUGAGAAACCACAUGAAUGUAAAGAAUGUGGAAAAGCUUUUAGCAGAACAUCACACCUCAGAAGGCAUGAGAGAACUCACACAGGUGAGAAACCAUAUGCAUGCAAAGAAUGUGGUAAAGUUUUUAGUGAAAAUUCUCACCUCAGAAGGCAUGAGAGAACUCACAUGGGUGAGAAACCAUAUGGAUGUAAUGAAAGUGGAGAAGCUUUUAACCAAAAGUCAGAUUUCAGCAGGCCUGGGAGAAUUCACAGAGGUGAGAAGCCAUAUGAAUGUAAAGACUGUGGAAAAGCUUUUAGUGAAAAGUCAUACCUCCGCAGUCAUCAGAGAACUCACACAGGUGAGAAACCUUACGAAUGUAAGGAAUGUGGGAAAGCUUUUAGCAGAAAGUCAAACCUCUGCAAUCAUGAGAGAACGCACACAGGUGAGAAACCAUAUGAAUGUAAAGAAUGUGGGAAAGCUUUUAGCCAAAAGUCACAUCUCUCCAGACAUGAGAGAACUCACACCGGUGAGAAACCUUAUGAAUGUAAAGAAUGUGGAAAACCUUUUAGCCUAAAGUCUAACCUCAACAUUCAUCAGAGAACUCACACAGGUGAGAAACCAUAUGAAUGUAAAGAAUGUGGAAAACCUUUUAGUCUAAAGUCUAACCUCAACAUUCAUCAGAGAUCUCACACAGGUGGGAAACCAUAUGAAUGUAAAGAAUGUGGAAAACCUUUUAGCCUAUACUCUAACCUCAACAUUCAUCAGAGAGCUCACACAGGUGAGAAACCAUAUGAAUGUAAUGAAUGUGGAAAAGCUUUUAGUGAAAAGUCAACCCUCAGCAUUCAUCAGACAAACCACACAGGUGAGAAACCAUAUGAAUCUAAAGAACAUGGGAAAGCUUUUAGUUACAAGUCGAUUCUCAGCAUUCAUCAGAGAAAUCACACAAGUGAGAAACCACAUGAGUGUAAAGAAUGUGGAAGAGCUUUUAGCCAUAAGUCAACCCUCAGCAUUCAUCAGAGAAAUCACACAGGUGAGAAACCAUAUUAAUGUAAAUACUGUGGAAAAACUUUUAAUCUAAAGUCAAACCUCGGCAUUCAUCAGAGAAAUCACACAGGUGAGAAACCAUAUGAAUGUAAAGAACGUGGGAAAGCUUUUAGUUACAAGUCGAUCCUCAGCAUUCAUCAGAGAAAUCAAACAAGUGAGAAACCACAUGAGUGUAAAGAAUGUGGAAGAGCUUUUAGCCAUAAGUCAACCCUCAGCAUUCAUCAGAGAAAUCACACAGGUGAGAAACCAUAUGAAUGUAAAGACUGUGGAAAAGCUUUUAGUAAAAAGUCAGAGCUCUGCAGGCGUAAGAGAAGUCACAGGUGAGAAACCAUAUGAAUGUAAAGAAAGUGGAGAAGCUUUUAACCAAAUGUCAUUUUUCAGCAGGCCUGAGAAUUCACAGAGGUGAGAAGCCAUAUGAAUGUAAAGGAUGUGGGAAAACUUUUAGCAGAAAGUCAAACCUCUGCAAGCAUGAGAGAACUCACACAGGUGAGAAACCAUAUGAAUGAAAAGAAUGUGGAGAAGAUUUUGAUUACAAGUCAAUUCUCAGCAUUCAUCAGAGAAAUCACACAGGUGAGAAACCAUUUGAAUGUAAAGACUGUGGAAAAGCUAGUUACAAGCCUCAGCAUUCAUCAGAGAUGAUGAAUUUAUCACAGGUGAGAAACCAUAUGAAUGUAAACACUGUGGAAAAACUUUUAUCAAAAGUCAUACCUUAGCAGCCAUCAGAGAAUUCACAUAGGUGAGAAAGCAUGAGAAUGUAAGGAAUGUGGAAAAAGUUUACUGGAUCUCACCAUAAUAGACAUCAACAAAUUCACACAUAGGAAAAUCCCAGUUAAUGUAAUGGCUGUCAGUAAAGGUUUUGCCAUAAAUCACUCCUCAUGUUUCAUCAGUGAACUUACAUCAAGAAUAAGCCCUAUAAAUGCACAACUGUCCCUCGGUUCAAGGAGCCCCUGUUGAUGAAAACACUUGCAAAUGAUGAAGCACUUUCUAUAAAUGGUGUACUGUUUCAAUAUUACCUAUGAACUUUUUUCUGUGUCCUUUUCAU